ACAUUCGGCUUGUGUCCGCGGUAAAACAAUUAAUUGGUCCAAAAAUUCAACACAAUUCGUGCCGAAAAUGGUGACAAUCGAAAGAUAGGUAAAGUUAGCGCACGAAUUGCGCGAUAUUUACUCGAAAGCGGACGCUGAGCAGCCUUUAUUGUGAAAAGUGUUGUGGAACGCGCUGUGGUCGGUUCUUGCCAUUCUCCGGUCCGGUUCUUUCGCUUCUCCGACGGGAUGGCCAGUGAAGAUAAUGUGAAAUCGCUCUGCGAAAUUACCGGCCUCAAGGAGGAGCAGGCAACCAACCUGCUGACCGCGUACAAUGGUAACCUUGAAGGCGCAAUAAAUGCGUUCUUCGAGAACCCCGAAGGCAUUCUUAAUCCGGAACCGGCGGUCGUAAUCGACGACGAUGACAGUAGCUCCGGGCCGUCCAGGUCGGGUUCCGGAUCCGCGUCGAACGCAGCCAGCUUCAUGAACGACGAUGAUGACAACGUGCGCGCUCCGAUACCCAGAAAGACGGAAAUUUUGCUCCCUCAACUCGAAACGAACCGAGCGCGGAUCGGCAAACGACGCGCGGCCAUCAUCACCGAAGUCCCGUUCCGGAACUUUGAGCUCGAGGGACGCAUCCAGGAGCAAAUGCUAUUGCAGGGUCCAUCGGCAAAGAAAAUCACGCGCCUCGAAGCACUGUUUAUGCCACCGUUCGACAUUCUUUUCUCCGGCGGAUUCGAUUUGGCCCAGCGCCAUGGCCGCUCCGUCGAUCGCUGGUUGCUGGUCAAUUUGCAGGAUGACCUCAAUUUCAGCUGCCAGAUGCUGAACCGCGAUCUGUGGUCCGAUGUGCAGCUAAAGGAGUUCAUGCGCCGCCAUCUGGUGUUUUGGCAGCAAUCGAACAAAACGAACGACGGCGCAAAGUUUAAGACGUUCUACAAAGUCCGCUCGGAACCGUACCUGGCCAUGAUUGACCCGCGGACAGGCGAAGAGGUGCGUACCUUCUCUACCACGGACCUGACUCCGGUUAGAUUUCUCGAAACGCUCAAAGCAUUCCUCGUGGAAAACAAAUCGCCCCACGGGGAGGAGGUUAACGUGAGCCAGGAGCUUGCGGCCGGUCCUUCGACGUCGAUUGGAUCGACACUUGGCUUCGGGGCCGGCGCAGGAUGUGCGGCUGCUACGGCCGGUAGCAGUAGGCAGCAUCACAGCACCGCGACGGCCACGGUCACAGCGGGCAGUCGAUCAAAUCCGUGGACGGUCACCGUUGUCGAUGAAGAUGAAGAUGAUUUCCAGGAAAUCACGGACAGUGAGAGUGACGAUGAGGAGGCCUCCGAACGUCCGCAAGUCGCACCGGUCGUCGUGGCAACGUUGAAAUCAACCAAAUCAUCCCCAAAUGCUACACCGGUGCUACGGCCGGCCCGGGACGAUGGAAGCCUGGACGAAUGUAACGAUCAACCUGCACCUGCUUCUGACGGAACUAGGGAUGAUAAUGUUGGUCCUGCAUAUGAGGAACCACCGUCAUGCACAAACAAAGAUGGUCGAUCGGGUGGUCAACGGCCCGCGACCACCGAUGUCAGUUCGGACUCGGAAUCCAGCCUCGCUGCGGACCAGAAGACACGCAUUAUGCUCAAGAUGGCGGGUAACGUAUCGGAACGGCUGUUCUUUCGGAGUUCGCGCACCCUACAGCAUGCCAUGGCAAAGUUGUUGCAAAAGUAUGAGAAACAUUUCCCGAACCGCGCCACCACCGAUGCUAGCACGGACGUUCGGUUCUUUUGUCAGGCGAUUAAGGCGGACCUCGCGACGCUCGACCCGCAGCGGACGCUGCUCGAGCUGAAGAUUCACCCGAACGCUGUGAUCCACGUGACGACCGAUGAUUGAAGAGAGCUAGCAACGUGUCCCUCAAGCGCUAACUCCGCCGAUACUCGGUCUUGGGCAGGGUAGCUCUUUAUUGUGUAAUUUUUGUGAAAGGGAUGUCCCCGAAGAUAAAUUAUUCAUUUUU